AUGGAGCGUUUCACGGUUCAGCUCGCAAAUGUCCAUUGUGACGAGUGCUCAAUCAGCAUCCACCGCGCUCUUAAGGACGUCUUUGACGUCACUGAGUUCAACAGAAUUGUGUGCCAUGAUAGCACAGCCGGUAGGAGAAAGCCCCCAGUUAUUGUAUUUCUGAGCGACGGCGAGCUCGUGAUUCUUGGCCCAGGCGCCGAUCUUGCCGCGAACGAGUCCCGCGUGCUGCGCAAGCUCGAAAGUUGCGGCUUUGAUGUCAUUUCUUGGGACAUCUCCAGCGAUCAAUCCAGGCCCUCGUGGACAGAGCCGGCCAGUCUGGUUUUGCUCAAGGCAAAACGACUUUUGGCCACCGGCAAACGCGAGAAACACCACCGGGAACACUGCAAAAAGUGUCGCGAGGAGUACGAGCAGCACAAGGAGCCCGACCUGCUGAAACGGCUGAAACGCAGAACACAGUCUGAUUCAGAGGACAGCACCGUUGUGGACGUGGAGGUGAAGACAGAGCCGCUAAAGGAGUAUCGUGCGCUGCUCAGCGUCCAGGGAAUGACCUGUGCGUCGUGCGUCGAGAGCAUUGGGGCCGCCAUCGGCCAGUGUCUGGAAAGUCUGGGUGUGCCGCUUAUGGAGAACGACAAGCCUGUCUUCAGCGUGUCGCUGGUGGACAGCGUGUGCACCGUGUUGCUGCCAGAGCGCCAGUAUGUGAAUAACGUGAUCAAGGCCGUGCGUGAGGCCGGGUUCGAGUGCAACCUGCUGGAGAUGCUGCCGAUCGAGCGGUCACAGAAAUACGAGGUGGUGACGCUGAUUGGCGGGAUGACGUGCAGCGCGUGCGCGCAGACGAUCAGCCAGGCGGUCGACGAGAGCUGUCCGUUUGUGCUGGAGAGCAACAUCAACAUCGUCAACAAGCAGGGCCUGUUUAUUCUGGAGUCGGCGAGCGACGCAGACCUGCUGCGGCUGCGGCAGUGUGUGGAGGACGUUGGGUACGAGUUUGAGGUGCUGAGCGUGCGGGAAAUCAGCCACGCGGCCACCAGGACCCGCUCGCGCACCGUCAACCUCAAAGUCAGCGGCAUGUACUGCGAGCACUGUCCGGAGAUCAUCAACAGCAAGCUGAACGAGUACGGCGACGUGAUUGUGGUGAACGACCCGAUCAGCUUGAACCACCCGUAUGUCAAGUUCACGUACGUGCCGAGCCCGCCGCGGCUGACGAUCCGCAAGAUUGUGGACGAGAUUAAUGCGCUGAGCGACAAGUUCCAGCUCGAGAUUGUCCGCGUGGCGUCCGUGGAGGAGCACCUGACGCAGCUGGCGCGGCAGGAGCUGUGGCGCAUCGUGCGCAAGCUCGUGCUGUCGACGGUCGUCGCGGUGCCGACGUUUGUGUUUGGCAUCGUGGGCAUGUCGCUGCUGCCAGAACACAACGCCUUCCGGAUGUGGCUGAUGCAGCCCGUGUGGCGCGGCAACGUCUCGCGAGUGGUAUGGAUCCUCUUCAUUCUGGCCACGCCGGUGUACUUCUUCGGAGCCAGCAUGUUCCAUCUCAAGGCGCUGCGGGAGGUGCGUGCGCUGUGGAAGCGCAGCGUGCCGUGGAGCCGGCGGCUGCUGCGUUUCGGGUCGAUGAACCUGCUCAUGUCUUUGGGCACGACGAUUGCCUAUGUCGCCAGCAUAGCGAUGCUGGCGUUGUCCGCGCACGCGCCACGGGGCAGCGACGGGUUCACAACGACGUAUUUCGACUCGGUCGUUUUUCUGACAUUUUUCCUGAGCAUCGGCAAGCUGCUCGAGAGCUGGUCCAAGUCCAAGACGGCCAACGCUGUCAGCCAGCUCAGCGGGUUCAGAGUCACCGAGGCGACGCUUGUGGAGGACGGUGCUGAGCGCGAAAUCGGCGUCGACUACCUUGAGCUCGGCGACAUCAUCGCAUUGAAGCCGGGCGACUCGCCGCCCGUGGACUGCAUCAUUGUCGACGGAGAGGCCGAUUUCGACGAGAGCAUGCUGACCGGCGAGUCGCACGCGAUCCACCACGUCAAGGGCGAUCAGAUUUUUGCCGGAACUGUGAGCCAGGGCCCCGGGACCGUGCGUGCGCAGAUCUCUGCUCUGCAGGGCAACUCGCUUCUGGACCAGAUUGUCGACAUUGUCCGCAACGGCCAGCUCAAUAAGUCGCCGAUCGAAAAACUCGCCGACAAACUCACCAGCUACUUCGUUCCUGUCGUGUGUCUAAUCUCGCUGAUCGUCUGGCUUAUCUGGCUUGUUCUUGGAUACACUGUCCUGCCGUCAAGCUAUCUGGAUAUCGACGUCGGUGGCUGGGCGGUGUGGUCGCUGCAGUUUUCUAUCGCUGUGUUUGUCAUUGCGUGUCCGUGUGGUCUGGGGCUGGCUGCACCGACCGCGUUGUUUGUCGGUUCCGGACUGGCCGCCAAGAACGGCAUCUUGGUCCGUGGCGGCGGCGCCUCGUUUCAGCAGGCCGCCAACGUCGAAGUGGUGUGCUUUGACAAGACUGGAACGCUCACCAAGGCAGAAAUCAAAGUCAUUGACCACCACGUCACUGGAGACUUUGCGCUCGCUAUCCAGCUCGCCAGGGACCUCGAACUCGGCUCGAAACACCCACUAGCGGCCGCCGUGCGCAAAUUCGCCGUGGAAAGCGCCAGCAGCCAGGGCAUUGAGCUGGCUACCACGCUUGUCCCCAAGGUCGAGGAAGAGAGCGGCCGCGGCGUAUUCGGCGACUACGGAAACAAGCGUGCGCUUCUGGGCAACGAGAAGAUGAUGGCCGAGCAUGGCGUGUCUUUUACGGACGAGGAGACGCAGCUCCUGGAGGAGUGGAAGCAGCAGGGCAAGAGCGUCGUUUGCGUGGCUGUCGACAAACAGCUUUUGAUGCUGCUUGGGGCCCGCGAUGAGGUGCGGCCCGAGGCGAAGGCCGUCAUCACAGACCUUGGCCGGCGCGGCGUCGCGGUGUACAUGAUCAGCGGCGACAACCACGUCACCGCCGAAGCAAUAGCACACGAGGUCGGCAUCCCUGCGGAUCACGUGAUCGCGAAUGUGCUACCGCAGGGCAAGUCCGACAAGAUCAAGUGGUUGCAGCAGACGCACCACAGCGUGCCGAACAAGCCCACCAAGCCGGCGGUGGUGGCCAUGGUCGGCGACGGCAUCAACGACGCGCCUGCACUUGCGACGGCGGACAUUGGUGUUGCCAUGGGCUCGGGGUCGGAUCUGGCUCUGAGCUCGUGCGAUUUUGUCCUUCUGUCGCAGAAACAGCCACUCAGACAGCUGCAGAUCCUGCUCCAGCUGUCGCGCAAGGUGAUUAACCGUGUGAAGUUCAACUUUGGCUGGGCGUUGGUCUACAAUGUCAUUGGAAUCCCAAUCGCUGCGGGAGUCAUUUAUCCAUACCAAAACUCGCGUCUGAGCCCUACGUGGUCGAGUCUGGCCAUGGCUUGUUCGAGUGUGAGUGUGUUGUUCAGCAGUCUGGCGCUCAGAUGGGAAAGUCGGUUCUGGGGAUGGCGGUCGGAAUAA